AUGAGUGAAUAUGAUCUAAUUGAAAGAGUAAGAAAAAUUGCUGAAAAGAAUCAAAUAUGGCGCUCGUAUAUUGGAAUGGGGUACCACAAUUGUUGUGUUCCACAUACAAUUAUGCGAAAUAUGUUUGAAAAUCCAGGAUGGACGACUCAGUAUACGCCGUAUCAACCCGAAGUAGCCCAGGGCAGGUUAGAGGGUCUACUCAAUUACCAAACGAUGGUUAGCGAUUUGACUGGAUUGGAUGUUGCAAAUGCCUCAUUACUUGAUGAGGGAACUGCUGCUGCUGAAGCCUUAUCGCUAUGUCAUAGACACAAUAAAAGAACAAAGUUUGUAGUAUCAGAACGUCUGCAUCCCCAAACGUUAGCAGUAGUCCAAACGAGAUUGGAUGCUCUAGGUUUAGAAGUCAAAGUAUUAUCAGACGUGAGGCAGGCUGAUUUCGCACAGCGAGAUAUUUCGGCAGUAUUACUACAAUGUCCUGAUACGAGAGGUCUAGUGUAUGAUUAUUCUGGUUUAGCUGCAGCUGCUCAGGAACACGGUACGUUAGUAGUGGUGGCCACAGACCUCUUAGCUUUAGCGCUUUUGAGACCACCAGCUGAAUGUGGAGCAGCUCUAGCGGUGGGUACGUCGCAGCGGUUCGGCGUGCCUCUUGGUUACGGAGGUCCACAUGCUGGAUUUUUCGCAGCAGAACAUGCUCUAGUGCGACUUAUGCCAGGCCGGAUGGUUGGCGUGACCAGGGACGCGUCUGGAAGGGAUGCUUAUAGAUUAGCAUUGCAAACAAGAGAACAGCACAUUCGUCGUGAUAAAGCGACUUCAAAUAUAUGUACUGCUCAAGCGCUUUUGGCCAACAUGUCUGCAAUGUACGCUGUAUAUCAUGGUCCACAGGGCCUCAGAGAUAUAGCCACUAGGGUUCACAAUGCUACCCUUGUUUUGGAUCACGGUAUCCGACAACGUGGACACAAACAAUCAAACGAUGUGUACUUCGAUACGCUUCAUAUAGUCCCGAAUCCAGAUCACGAUACAGACGCGAUCAAAUUAAGGGCGCAGGAAAAAAAAAUGAAUCUUCGCUACUUUGAGGAUGGUGCUAUAGGAGUAGCUUUAGAUGAAACAACUACCAUGCAAGAUGUUGACGAUUUACUUUGGAUAUUCGACUGUAAGAAAGUAGACGAGGUAAUGCAAUAUGGAGAUGUUCGAUCACGCAGUGUACAAAACGGACCAUUUCGAAGGACAUCACCGUAUUUAACUCAUCCCGUUUUCAGCGCCCAUCAUUCCGAAACAAGAAUUGUGCGAUACAUGAAGAGACUGGAAAAUAAAGACAUUUCUCUAGUGCAUUCGAUGAUACCACUGGGAUCCUGCACGAUGAAGUUAAAUUCUACAACAGAAAUGAUGCCAUGUUCUUUUAAACAUUUUACUGAAAUCCACCCGUUUGCUCCUCUAGAUCAGUGUGAAGGAUACCAUACACUGUUCGAAGAGCUUGCCAAAGAUCUUUGCGCUAUAACUGGCUAUGAUCGUGUUUCUUUCCAACCUAAUAGUGGAGCACAAGGAGAAUACGCAGGCUUGCGAACAAUCAAGCGAUACCACGAGUUCCGAGGAGACACGGGUCGAAACAUAUGUUUGAUUCCAGUUAGCGCUCAUGGAACGAACCCAGCGUCUGCGCACAUGGCCGGAAUGAGGGUUUGUGCCAUCCGUGUAACCUCCAACGGUGAUGUAGAUAUGGAGCAUCUUAAAGAAAUGGUUGAACAACACAGUGAGAAGUUGUCCUGCUUGAUGUUAACAUAUCCAAGCACAUUCGGAGUGUUUGAUGAAAGGGCAGCUGACGUUUGCGCAUUGGUGCACAAACAUGGCGGCCAAGUGUAUUUGGAUGGAGCUAAUAUGAAUGCACAGGUUGGUCUCUGUCGUCCUGGUGAUUACGGAAGCGACGUAUCUCAUCUCAAUUUGCACAAAACUUUCUGUAUUCCGCAUGGUGGCGGUGGCCCCGGCAUGGGUCCUAUUGGAGUGAAAGCACACUUAGCGCCAUUCCUGCCUUCUCACCCGGUAGUAGACCCGCUAGCUGACCUCGGUGAAGCAGCUCAUAGCUUUGGUUCAGUGAGUGCCGCGCCUUAUGGGUCCUCAGCUAUUUUGCCAAUUUCAUGGGCGUAUAUCAAAAUGAUGGGGCCAAAAGGUCUAAAGCGCGCAACCCAGGUGGCUAUUCUCAAUGCAAACUACAUGUCUCGGAGACUCGAUGGCCAUUACAAGACCCUGUACAAAGGCGAGAGGGGGCUCGUUGCGCAUGAAUUCAUUAUCGACGUGCGAGACCUUAAAAAGACUGCUAAUAUUGAACCUGGAGAUAUUGCCAAGAGAUUAAUGGACUUUGGUUUCCAUGCGCCGACAAUGUCUUGGCCGGUCGCCGGUACCCUGAUGAUAGAACCAACUGAAUCAGAAGAUUUGCAAGAAUUAGAACGGUUUUGUGAAGCUCUUAUAACCAUUAGAAAAGAAAUCAAGGAUAUAGAAGAUGGUGUAAUGGACAAACGGCUAAAUCCAUUAAAGAUGGCACCCCAUACUCAAGAAGAUGUGAUUACUGAGGACUGGAAUCGCCCUUAUAGCAGGGAACAAGCAGCAUUUCCAGCACCAUUCGUAAAGGGAGAAACAAAAAUAUGGCCUACAGUCGGAAGAAUAGACGAUAUGUACGGCGACAAACAUCUUGUUUGUACAUGUCCUCCAGUUAUAGAUGAUUUCUAAAUAAAAUAAAAUAAACUUUGCAUUAAUAUGUAAUAUGUAUUUCAUGACAAUCUUCUCUUAGAAUAAAUACUGUCUCCAAAUAAAAUACCACAUUGAUCUUCUCUAUGUCCCAAUAGAAAUAAGUUAUAAGCUAUACAAUAUUUUCACUGCCAAAUACCACCCUUUUCAAUUUAUAUUAACUUUGUAUUUCUCUUUAAUGUAGUAAUUCUCAUUUUGCACUAAAAUAAUUAACAUAUAACAUAAUAUUGAAUUC